AUGGACGGCAGCGGAGUACUUCUCGUGGGUGGCGAGGCGUUUUCGUGGCGGCCAUGGGGGGACAGAAAGAGCAUGGUCAACCCGAAGGGGCAAUGGGAGGUAGACACCAGCGCCUUCAACCUGCUGGGACUGGUGUGGCCACGACCAGAUCUGCUGAUUCUUGGUCUGGGACCGGAGAUACGUCCGUUGAGUCCCGACACGAAACGACACAUCACGUCCCUCGGCAUGCGUGUCGAGGUCCUGGACACUCGCAAUGCGGCAUCGCAGUUCAAUAUGCUGGCUACAGAGCGCGGCGUAAACGACGUCGCCGCAGCCUUGAUACCCGCCGGAUGGAAGAACGAGUAA